AUGACGGUAGCUCGCCAAAGUAACUUGGAGCGUCGCCGAGCAAGAGACGAGUGCCGUGAGAAAUUAUCACAACAUAUUUAUCACAAGCUUGGCAUUGAUGUGUGCCCGUCCGACGUGAGAUUAAAUCCGAAGAGAAAAGAUCCGUAUUCCUGGAGAGUGCUUUGCGGCAAAGAGGAUUUUUUUUCACAAAUCUUCUCUAAAAAUUUAAGCGAACAUUCAAUCGGCACCUACCGCCUGCUCAUAGAUGAAGUGGGCAAGACAUUUGAAGCUGUAAAUACAGACACAAUUAACCACUUAAGCUCAUUUAGUCAACUUUCAACUCCUAAAGCUAGUUUUACGACACUUAUUGAUCACCUAAAGCUCAAUAAUGAAAAUCUGUCAAUCCAAAUUCAUCAAGUGACUGCGGAGCUAGACAUGGAAUCCAAGCGUCGACAGAUAGUAGAGGAGGAUAACCAGCAGUUGAAAGAUCAUCAAAGAUGGCUUGAGGAGCAACUACAGGAGAGCAAAAAUCUUGUAGAGCAUUUUCAGGGAAUUGUCUCUAGUUUAUUUGCUGUAGCUGAUAAGGCAUUGCCUGCGUUGGAAGAGAUUCGGCAGCGGGCAGGUGUAACCCAGUAG